CUGUCCAAUAAUAUUUUUAAAAAUAUAUUAAUACUAGAAAAAAUAAAUAGUACUUUUUCCAUUUUUUUACAAGUUAGAACGUUGAAAUCCUUGAUUCUCACAUAAACCUUAUAGCUAUUAGGCUUAUACAAUUAUACGUUAUUCUAUGAUAAAAGAUUUAAUAUUCCCCGAUUCGUCCCCAUUAAUUUUUGUAACAUAUUAUCGGAUCUUGUUCUGUGCUAUAGCCGUGGUCAUAGAUAAAUAAAUAAAAUAUACAAUAUUAUCUAUGGCCGUGAUCCGCUUUAGACUGCUUAACUCUUAGAAGUUAUCGUUUAUGAUCUAAGCUCUAUAGUCUUAGUCUAUGACCUAUGAGCUGAUUUUACAAAUUAUGAUUCUGAAUUUCUGAAUAAUGAAUUUUGAAUAAAGUUGAUAUCCAAACACUAUUGUCAAAUCCACGGAUACCAACAACAGUGGUCAAAACUCAUAACUCCUGAGAUAACAGGUUUCGUGUCACAUACUGACGUGCAACUACAACUGUUGAUCCCACAGCUUUAGAUACUAUCUAAAUCCGUGGCUGAUACUCUGAUACGUACUGAUACUAACGAGUAACGAGUAACGAUAGUUUGAAAUUUUGAAUCGAUUUUAUAUUUUUGUCGGUAAAUAGGUACGAAAUGCGCAUACCAUUAUGUUAAAACUAAAAUCGUUAAUAUUUAAUAUUUGAUCGUCUCGAGGUGGUAAAGAGUUUCAAAAUUACGAGUGGCGCAAAUCUGACUUUGAUGAAUGACAACUGCUGGCCACGAUGCCAGUCGCGAAGUUCGUUACGAACAGCUUGCCGGAGUUUCUGUUGCUUGCAGCGCAACCGCCGGAAACCUUGUUCUCCAUGGACGCUGCAGUGCUGCGAGACCUCCAUUCGGUGAUCGUCUGUUACGACGUACAAGCUUUCUAUCGGAACCGUGUUGUUGCAGACGGGCCCGCUGUUGGCCUGGAUGAGUUUGUGCUAUACUGUGAUAGUAAGAUCCAGCCACAGCUUGUCGACGGUGAAGGAGACGACAGCCCUAGGGACGGUUAUCGGUGUCUGAUGACUGUCAGCGAUCUGAUCAGGAUGGAUCCUUGGGCCCAGCUCUACGGUAUCAUUGGGCCACGCGUCAUGCGUCGCCUGCUAUUCGACUGUCUGCUGUUUGUGCCGCUGGGCAGACACGUAUACUACUGCGUGCUAUCGCCGUCACAGUCAACGAGCCGGUACGAAGUGAUGCAGGCGUUCCGGGUGCGGGCUGGUUCACGGUGGAAGGCCGAGCGGCCUUCGAAGUCGAAACCACUGCCGCAGAAAUACUUUAACAUCGCGGGCCUACUGCGGGAUGUGCAACCAAUCGGGCGGCAAGAUUCGGACGACAUGUUGGACGGUAUACUAAAUACCGACGUUGUCAGCUCGGUGGCCGCCCGUUCGUCAAGCGCCAAGGUGGACUUUGGUAACGCGACAUGUCUUGAUCUGCUGGGCCGCAAACUCAAAGUGAUUGCGGACAAGGACACUUCGCCUGCGUACUGGAACAUUUACCGAGACGUGGUGGGCGAUUGGACGUCGGCCGAGGUCCCAUUGAGCAGGGUCAAGUCGUUCGCCAGGGCGGUAGUGCAAAAGAUCGUGCCACGCGAGCUGUUUGGGACUGUUGGCAACCGCGACCAAUUCUGUGACAACUUGUGCCGGGUGUUGAACGGUGGAAAGUUCCACGACUACACGGUGCAGCACGUCGUGCACAAGAUCAAGGUGAAGAAGAUCAAGUGGCUGGAGAGCGUGGCCGCGAACCGACAGGCCGAGAUCGCGGCCAAGACGCUGGUGUGGCUAACCAACGUGUUUGUGUUUGGCCGAAUUAUCCACUGCUUUCGGGUCGUGACGACCACCACGCCCAACAACGGCGUCGCGUACGUGGUCAAAGCCAAGUGGGCGGAAAUGUGCCACAAAAAGAUAUCACCGCUGAUGGCCGCCGACAGCGAAUUUUUCCGACAAAUUCAGCCCGACGAGCCGAAAGCGUCGUCGUCGUACAGAAACUGGAAAGUGUGCCCUUACGCGAAACCCAACGGAGUGCGACUGAUAUUCAAGUUGCGGCAGAAAGAGGGCGGCAACGAGAAGCGGCUGACCGACGACUGUCUGACAUUCCUGCGGUGCUUGUCGCGCACCCGACCCUCUGAAUACCGGUCCGUGACGAGGUCGCAGUUCUUCCGCAGAUGGAAAGCGCUCCAAGAGUCCCAGCGCCUGUCCGCCGUCGCCACGCUAUUCUAUGUACGCACCGAUUUCCGGGAUGCAUUCACAAGCUUCGUGCACGACAAACUGCGGACGGUCAUCCGGGACAGGAUCAAGGAACGUUUCGGCAAGAAGCAGCGAAUGGUGUCUGUGCACACAGUGGACGUCGUGAAAAUCGGCGGUGGCUCCGUGUACUACAAGAAGUGUCGCUAUGUGGGCGGGCUACCUACUCCCGAAUUCCAGGGUGGGUCGCUGGUGUUCCACAACAAGACGGACGUGGUGCCGCUGUACCGGAUCUGGGACGCGGUGCGCCGGUGCAUCGGGUGUAACGCCGUGGAGCGGGGUGGCUUCCGAUGGAGCAUGACCAGAGGUGUGGUGCAGGGUGACCGGCUGUCCGUGGCCUUGUGUGACCUGCUUCUCUCCGACGUCCAUGCCACUCAACUGACGGAUCUGGUGGAUGGUCGGUCGGGCUGUCAGCUGUACCGGUUUGUCGACGACUACCUGUUCGUGUCACCCGACCGCAACGCCGCCCUCCGGUAUCUGGCUGUGAUGCGCACCGGUUUCCACGAGUACGGACUCCGGCUGAAUCGGUCCAAGACUGAGACGAACGUGGACGACGGAGGCGUCGGCGGUGAGACAGUCAAGUUUUUGGGGUUCCGGUUGAACGUGACCACUGGCGAGGUGACCAAGGACUUGUCGGCGUACCGAAAUCGACGGCCGCUGCACUUCUUCGACUAUGGACUGGGCCGCGGCCAACCGGGACGGUCCCUGUAUGCCAAGGUCAGCCGGCCUAGCUGGCACCCCAUGCCCACCGUGCUGGUCGACAAGUCUUUCAACUCGUCAGUCACGGUGGCCCGGAACGUGGCGUCCAUGGUCGCAUACAAGGCGUUCGCCGUCGUCACGGCCGUCAAGCAGUACUUCUUACACCUGAACCCUGUGUUCCUCGCCAACACUGUGCGCGCCAUCGCCCGGAUCGUAUACUCCAACGCGCGCGCUGUCGUCCAGUACUCGGCCGUUACGCCCAUGCAGUGUAAGUGGAUCGUAUACGAAGUGUAUGCCACCAUGUUCCGCAAACAUUUCUCGCCUGAUGACCCCCGCGUCGCAUCAGUCGUGCAACGGAUCCGGGUCAUGCAGACCGCCGCCGGACGAAAGUGUUCCACUCGCAUCCUGAGGGCUGGCCUGAGACGUUACGAUUUUGCCAAAAUGUUUGGUUGACGGAAAACUCCCCAUCCCCCUCCCCCCCCCCCCACCACUACCGGUGGCGGUAUAAUAUUUUUUUUGUUAUUGUUAUUGAUUAUUGUUGUAUUUAUAGUCAUUGUUAUAGCACUGUGUAAUGUUCUCAGUAUUACUGUAUUUAGGUAUUAAUAUAAUUAUUUAGGUUAAAUCUAACCUAUUUUAAA